GGGGUGGGGGAUCCUCAGGAGGCUCCAGUGGUGACAGUGGCUACGGUCCUCUAAAGGGGACUCCACAUAUGAGCCAGUCUUCCCGCCCUUCCCUUCCUUUGAGGAGUUUACCGCUUCAUAUGGCUUCUCAGGCUCCCUGCCCCAUCACCUUCAUACUCUGCCCCAGCCCCUGCCCCAUCACCUUCAUACUCUGCCCCAGCCCCUGCCCAUCACCUUCAUACUCUGCCCCAGCCCCUGCCCCAUCACCCAUACUCUGCCCCAGCCCUGCCCCAUCACCUUCAUACUCUGCCCCAUCACCUUCAUACUCUGCCCCAGCCCCUGCCCCAUCACCUUCAUACUCUGCCCCAGCCCCUGCCCCAUCACCUUCAUACUCUCCAUCUCCUGCCCCAUCACCUUCAUACUCUGCCCCAGCCCCUGCCCCAUCACCUUCAUACUCUGCCCCAGCCCUGCCCCAUCACCUUCAUCAUCUCCUGCAUCCCAUACUCUGCCCCAGCCCUGCCCCAUCACCUUCAUACUCUGCCCCAUCUCCUGCCCCAUCACCUUCAUACUCUGCCCCAGCCCUGCCCCAUCACCUUCAUACUCUGCCCCAUCUCCUGCCCCAUCACCUUCAUACUCUGCCCCAUCUCCUGCCCCAUCACCUCCUCUGCCCCAUCACCUUCAUACUCUGCCCCAGCCCCUGCCCCAUCACCUUCAUACUCUGCCCCAGCCCCUGCCCCAUCACCUUCAUACUCUGCCCCAUCUCCUGCCCCAUCACCUUCAUACUCUGCCCCAGCCCCUGCCCCAUCACCCCUGCCCCAUCACCUUCAUACUCUGCCCCAGCCCCUGCCCCAUCACCUUCAUACUCUGCCCCAGCCCUGCCCCAUCACCUUCAUACUCUGCCCCAUCCCUGCCCCAUCACCUUCAUACUCUGCCCCAUCCCCUGCCCCAUCACCUUCAUACUCUGCCCCAUCUUCGUCUGCGGGUGUUGGACAGAGCUACAGACCACCAGUAUCCGCUCCUCUGCCUCUCGACACUGACGCAGCCAUCCCUACCGAGGCUUAUGGCUGCUGCCCUGCC